CUGUGAGCCAUCGGUGAGGAAGGACGUGUCUCCUCCGCUCUGAGUACAACACGCUCCUUUGUUCUGGAUUACGAUUUACGUCAUUUUAACGCAUUAGUGAACUCGAGGACAACCUUGAAGGGUUAUCGACCAGCUGGAGAUGGUGGAAGUGGCGGCCUGAAGUGACAGAGAUAAAAGUGUAAAUCAAGCCCAGAGGGUCAAGAGGCUAGAGAGGGCCGACCAUGAGAGUGUGUACAAGGCUCCCUAGAUCAUAACUCCGUGUUCUGUAGUGAUUGGUGUGAGGAGGAAGGAAGGAAGGAAGGAAGGAAGAGGAGAGGAGGAGAAGGAGGAAAAGAAUUAGACUACGUGGAAAUAUUAGUACUGAAAUAAAUGAUAAUGUUGGUUUUGUUUGGUUAAGCGUUGAUGCGUGGACAGGAGAAAGGGGUGGAGGAGGAGAGCGUUGAGGUGGACUAUCAACGCCCCCGUCAACGCCCCGUCAACGCUGUCCCUCACUUCAUACACUCCUAAGGCGACAACUCCUGACGCAAGGUACCAAGAUGGCUGCAGCCUUUCGUAAGUUAUUCCGUUCUGGGGAUAAAUUAGACCCUCAGUACCCCACCGCCGCUCGAGGGCAGAACAACAACAACAACACGACGAGAACAGAAUCAGGAGCUAAUAUGAAUUCCAAUCCGGGGAAAAUGUUUAGUAAUAGCGAAAGGAACCCUCAGAAUAUGGCAGCGAUGAGAGGGACGAGUUCUGGUAUAAGAAAUCCGUCUUCAACCUCUACACGAACUCAAGGUACCAGUGCAUGGGGUCAGAGUACACCCGAAGGAGGAGACAACUGUGUAGGCGCCUCUGGGGGCUCCAACUCUCACAGUGGAGUAAACGGACUUAAUUCACCUUCAACAGCUAAGAGGUUUUUCUCAAGACACACUUACCUGGAAGGGAGUAGAGUCGGCCCAGCUGAAGGGGUCAGCCAGCAUAGUCCUAAGUCAACACGUUCAAAAGGUUCUCUUUCUUCACCACCUUCUGCAGCCACGUUUAAGAAGUCCCCUCCACCUGCUGCUGCUGGGGGCCUCCUGAACGAGUCCACGACGAAGCAUAUGAAGAUGGUAAGGACUCGGAGGUUGAUGAAGGAAUACCAGGAACUCUCCAAAGGGCAACAGAAUACCAAGGACCCUGUGUUUACCGUCGACUUGGUUAAUGACUGCCUUUACGAGUGGAAGGUUAGUGUCCUUAGCGUGUGAUCCCGACUUGAACUCUAUAGAGACAUGGAAGAACUAGGAGUACCAAUCCUUUUAUCCAUUAGUUUCUCUGAUAAUUUUCAUCCGCCAUUUGAGGGUCUUUCCCCGGCUCUGGAAAAGGGCUUCGUGAUGGAGGGUGGCGCCAUCUGUAUGGAACUACUAACACCACGUGGUUGGGCAUCUGCUUACACAAUAGAAGCUGUAAUAAUGCAGUUCGCAGCUAGCCUAGUUAAGGGCCAGGGUCGGAUAUCACGUAAACACAAAGUACCCAAGGAGUUUAACAAGAGAUCAGCCGAGUCAGCCUUCAGGUCAUUGGUCAAAACUCACGAGAAAUAUGGCUGGGUCACUCCUCCCCUGUCUGAGGGCUAACCCAGGAUUAACUAACCUCCACUAAUCACCAAUCCAUCCGUGAGACCUCCGAUCCAAGAGUGGUUCAUCAGUCAAUCUUACUGAAUCAUUGUAACCAAACAAAUUAUUCACGUACAAUUAAUUUAGUAUUUAACCGGAUUAGCUGAACAUCCCUAAAUGAUUGGAACUGAAGUGCUCUGUGUGAUUGGAAUGUUGAUAUCUAAUCUGUAAUCGAAUAUAAGUGAUUGGAAAUGUAUUUGAACUCAUUAUAAUAGUGGAAAAUCAAUCAGUAUUUCAGUAUAGGUGAUUGGAUGUGAUUGCAACUACUGAAUUCAAUUACCAAUCGCUGCCAAAUCCACUGGAAAUUAACAGGACUGGAAGAGAUUCGCCAAAUAAUCUAAUGUAACUGGACGUGAAUUAUUUUAUUAAUUUAAAUAGUGUAUCCAUUCUCUCUCUCUCUCUCUCUCUGAUGGAAGGGACGCUAGGGUUUACAAUGACCAUAAAUAUAUAUAUAUAAAUGCUAUUGUAAAUGUGUAUGGUACUUAUUUCACAUUAUAGAAGGUUAUUAUGUUGCUGGGAUGGUGUGUGUAUGUGUGUGUGUGUGUGUGUGUGUGUGUGUGUUCUAUGGAGGAGUUUACUUGUCUUAGAGAAUAUAAUUAUGAGUAAAAGAUAAAGUUAAAGAAUUAAUUACAACUAGGUGUCAAUAUUUACAAUAAAUUAUCACCUGAGGAACAGAAUUCACACCUAAAAUAGUUAUACACAUAAACACAAAAUGGUGAUAAACUCUAUUUUACUUCAUGUGUAUAGUAACUUUGAAAUAGGGGAGUAAAUAUAUUUAUAAAAGAGAUCCUUAUACUAUUAAACGUUCAUUAAUAUUUAGAAUAUAUAUUAAUUAUGGGGGGUUUCGUUAUAUAUAUAUUUUGAAGCGAUAUCAAUUAUUCCCAAUGACAUUACGUUCUAUAUAAUUUCCCAAAGUUAAGUUAGGUUAAGUGUUUAUUAUCUAUUCUCAAAAUUAAAGAACUUAAUCUAACUUAACCAUGGAAACACUGGGUUAGAUUAGUCUCGUAAUCCAAACUCUCCUGCAAAUUAUGUGUGUACGAUUAAGGUAAAGUGUAUGGUGUGAAUUUUUAAAACAGACGUACAUGUGUGUGUGUGUGUGUGUGUAUCAAAUUAAACCCAGAGAAAGAUGUAUGUUGCUAUGUUGUGUACGUAUAUAAAAUCAUGUCUGUAUCUCAUGUACACUAAAAUACGUACUCAUGUAAACUAUAAAACAUACACAUAAAAACACGACUUUAUUUAACGUGUACACUAAAAUACGUACAGACAUGAAGUAUACAGUAAAACACACAUCAAAACGACUAUAUUUCAUGUACACUAAAAUACGUACACAUGUAAACUAUAAAACGUACAUUAUUACCCAUGUAAGUAUAGAAAUUACAUUAUGCCUGUCUGCCAAAUGAAUCUCAAGUGAUAAAUACUGUAUUGUUGUAUUGAAAUAACUCAUGUUACUGUAA